GCAGAGGAAGAGGUUUUGCCUCCAGGCAAUCUUAUCCCAGGGCUAGCCAAAGUCAAAGAUAUAAGUCAUUGUCAAGGACAGUGUCCAAUGAUAUAGCUGAAGUAAAGCGGAUCAUUGAUAUGGCAGAGAAACCGUUUCUUAGCCUUCACACUGUAGAAAGUACCAGUGAAACUGCAUGUGAAAAUCAAGAGUUUACCAAUGAAGUAGUGGAUAUCUGCGUUGAAAAUUCGGAGCCUAAUUUGAAUACUGAAGAAAAUUUUGAUGGGUCAAACAAUCACGAAUUAAUUGAAAUUGUAUGUUAUAACAACGAUCAAACGGUAUUGAAACAGGAUCAACAUAGCGACGCCAUGCAAAUUGAAUCGUUCGAUGAAAAUGUUGAGAAUCUCGAGCCAAGCAUUAAUGAAGACAUGAGUAUUUCUAAAAUGGAUGAAGACUUGGAACCUCCUGUUAUCGUUGUAAGCACGAUCGAAGAUUCGGGAGACGAUUGUCCCGCAGAUAGUAAGAUUUUUUGUAACGCAAAUCUUGGGUUGCUUAGUUUUAGAGGGGUGAUGGUAUUUACUAUAUGUUAAGAACAAUUUCUUAAGUUCGGCUCUUUGUGCUUAAUUGCAGGUUCUGAAACAAAUUGUUUAAAGCUUGCACAUUUCAAGACAUUUAAUUCAAUAAAUAAAUAAAAAUAUUCGAAGGCCGAAAAUCUCCAGACACGAAUCCCGUAAUUUAUAUAAGAAUACCAUUGUCAAAGUAAAGGAAAUUUUCGGGGGUAAUACCACGAGUGCUUUGAAAUUAACGAUAAUUUUUCACGAUUGCAUGUUUUCCAUAAUUUCACGAGUCCGAAGGACGAGUGAAAUUUGCAAGGAAAACAUGCCAGAGUGAAA